UUCACUUAUUGAUUACAAAUAUCGUAAAAUGAAAAAAACAACAUUAUUUCAUUCAUAAAAGUUUGACCUGAAAUAAGGAUACGUGUCACAGCGCUUGACGUCAAUAAUCCUACGUAAUUCGAAUCCCCAAUAUGUUGAACAUAAAAGUAGAGAAUCGUUAAUAUUGCAUAGAGAUCAAAUAGGUUAAUUUCGCAUGGAGCUGCAGACUCAAGAUGAUGUUCAAAACUUUAUUUAGUGAACACCAAUUGUUUUACGCUAAUAACGAUCUAAGUUAUGCAAAGGACAUCAAUGAAUUACCGGACGAACUUUUGGCGCGUAUUUUCCGUUAUCUUCAUCCAAUCAAGGACGAAUUACCACUUCUGGCAUUUGUUUGCUCUAAAUGGCGGGAUGUUUUGCAAACACAUGGUAUACUAUGGAGACACAUUCAUGUUGAUCCGAACUAUUUCGCAAUGUAUCAUUUUAGUCUGCUUUGUUCCAUGUUUCGUAAUUACGGAUAUCAUAUUCAAAGGCUCAGUUGGCGGGAAAGCUCUCCAGUGUUUCGCAGUGUGUUUUCACUGAUACCAACGCUUAGUAAUUUAAGAAGUCUCCGACUGCCUAUUCUAUGGACACCUGAAGUAUUACAUAAAUUGUCAAGCCUAUCCAAUCUCGAGCAAGUUCAGAUAAACGGUGGCUACGAAUUAACUGAUGACGAACUUGAACAAAUUCUAGCGUACUUCCCAAACCUGAGAGAGAUUUCCCUCAAUGCCUGUUGGAGAAUAACUUCUAGUGGAGUGAAAAGAUUGCUGUCAAAACUUCCUUUCCUAGAAACUGUAAAACUGAAACUAAACUCUGGAUUAGAUAUAACCGACAGAAGAAGUGAUGAUGCAAUAGCAAGAGGGUUUGGAAUUGCACGUAACAUUAUUGACAACAGCACUGUACACUUGGUAAAAGUUCUCUGCAUCCAUUUUUUACCUAUUGAAGUGGAUGAACUAUGGGAAAUAGUGAAUAAGUUACCAUGCUUGAAGAAACUUAGUAUCAGCAACUGCGAGUACCUCCACGGUGUUAGACUGCUGUCCGAUUCCUUAGUAAAGGUAUGCCUGCACAACCUUUGGAACGUUUUAUUUGUCAGUCUGGACAUUUCGUCUCUACGUUUCCUUACAGUUGAUGUAGGUUUGGCGUCUAUAGAACACUUAGAAGUCACAUCGGAUAAUCUAAGGAAGGUUAAUGUCAAUGGAGGUAAUACACUACGAACCAUGAAAAUCAAAAGUCAGAAGUUAACUUUUCUAGAAUUAAAACAGUGCGAAGAAAUUGAGAUGAGGUCAUUCAAGGAGACUCUGAGAAACAACGACAAACUGGUAUGUCUACGUUUAGGGUGUAUAUCACAUGACAGUCUGACACUCGACGAAUACACAGUACCAAAUUUGCAGGAACUAUGUCUGCUUGGAGAUUUUUCAUGCGAGACUCUGCAUAUACGAAGUCCAACUUUAAGAUUUAUACAUGUGGAAGCAGAAAUGGAUAUCGUUACCUUGAAUCAUAUGUACAUUACAGCAAAUCAUUUAUGUAGAGUAGCCUUAGUUGGGAUGCCAGCGUUGAAAACGCUCACAAUUCAAUGCGUUAGUGUGGAUUCGAUUGAAAUGAACCUCUGUAGUGAUGAUCAGUUGAAUCUAGAAUCCUGUGUGAUUCAUGCCAUGAAUGCAAUAGGAUUUCUUCGUUUCUUUGACUGUAAUGUAAACCUUCUAUGCAUCUCUACCCCGCUUGUAAAGACAGUUGUUUUAUAUCGAUGUCAAAUGACGGAUUACACUCUUCAAAUGGUUUUGGCGGGAUGCACAAAGAUUGCUCAUUUGAAUUUAGAAAAAUGUCGACGAGUUACAAAUGUGGCAUUAGCGUCGCCCCCUUUGAAAUUUUUGAAUAUGUAUGGCUGUAAUGAUUUACACCGCUUGUCCCUUAACAACUGCCCUCAAAUGAUAGCUGUAAAUCUUGGCCAAUGUCCAAAUGUGAAAUUAUUCAUUAGAGGUAUCGAGCAAGAUCUGACAGCACUCUGUACCUCUCUUCAGAUUGUACACCCGAAGGAAUUUGUUCGUUGGAGCCACGACUUUCCACCAAAACCAUAUAUUUGUCCAAUUGAAUAUUGAUGACUUCGUAUUGAUAAGCAACUGUUAGGAAUGAUCAAUUGAUUUUUUUUUAAAUUAUAUAAUAGCUUCUGUUACAGGUUUGUUUUAGAUGCAAUGAUUGUUGGACACAUGGGCGAAAAAAUGUUCGAAAAAGGGACAUGAAACUAGUGUUAUCCGUCCAAACUAUCAAUGCAAAUAGAUCACGCCAGUCCAAUUUUUUUUAACUAUGAGACUUUCAUAUGUAUUUUUAAACAUGUUUAUAACAAUUUUUGUACUGAUGUUUGCUUAAGUUUGUCAUUUCAUAGAAAUAUCAUAGAGUCGUAUAUUUUUUUAAUUCAUUUCAUCUUGGUGAUUUCUAAGAUGAUGAUCAAUAUAGUGUUAUUGAAUAAUUUGUUCUUUUGGGAUAAAUGGGUUAUACUUAUAGUGAAAGAUGUGCGUUCGGUUGUUUUGAUACUCACAUGUAUGGACAUAAUUCAUCUUAUAUGUGUACAUUUCAACAUUAUUCAAAAGUCAUAUGAAAUUACUUUCUUGAAAUAAUAAUGUUACGAACAUUAUUUGACCAACGCAUGUAUACAUAACCCAGAAUUUGUAUAUAUUUACUUACCUGAGUCCUAUAUGGACGAUUUGAACAUUUAUAAGGAAUCCAUAACAUAUUAUUUACAAAAUAUAUUAAAUUCAUUGAAUUUGCCUGCCAAUUAACUUUCGUUAAUAAAAAAAAACCACAGAGUCAAUAAUGGAGCAAAUUUAAAACAUGAUAAUGGAAAUGCUAUACAGCCAUGUUUAUUUUUUUUUAUAUAUAUAUUCCCUGCUCUUAUUUAUGUAUGUUAACCAAACGUUGUAAUAUCAAUUGUUAAAUAAUUUUUGCGUAUAUUUUUUUUUCUUUCUUUCAGAACCAAUUACCAGGCUUAUAAUUUAAUGAUUUAAUAAUUUAACUCUAUCUAAUUUCCAUGUUUGCUUACCUUCUCUUUCAAACAUCCCGAUCCCCCUUUUCACUUGCGCUGUGGGAUUGCGGAAGAACUUAUGAGAGGACUCGCGUGUAAGUUCAAUGUAUACGGAAAAGUUAUCAUGGAAUAAUACUAUGAAAAGAUAAUAUUUCAACAGCACUACAAUUUUUUUAUUUUCUUUUAAAAUAAAGUCCUUGCACACGUUAUUUAUAGCAAACCCUGGUCAUAGUUUAUAUUUAACAUAUGCAACAUUUGGUUUUUUUUUAAUUUGACGUAUCAUAAGAAUAUACUUAUAACAAUACUUACAUUGAUCAAAAGGUGUUUUUUUUUCAAAGUCCCAUAUUAUUGAUUAUUCAUGUGUAUAAGUUCAUAAAGUUAUGAAUGAGCUGGUGUCAUUUUGUAUUUGGUGUAUGUGUUGUGUUUUUGGUUUAGUAAUUUUAUACACUGUUGUAUGAGGGACAGGAUUUGUUGCA